GCUCCGCACGCGCACCUCCCCUCUCUCCUCUGCACUCCGGGGUUGAGCGCGGGGGGGGAGCUCACUCAGAUGGAGACUCCGGAAAGUCUCGCAUUUCCGCGACAGAAUCCCACCAACAUGAACACGGUCCAUGCUGAGGAUACAUCACCAUUUCUUCCACUUAACGUUUCUUACAGACACCUGUCGGGUCGUUUCAACCGCCUGGAUUGGUGGUCAUCAUGGCUCGUGAGCGACCGCACAAGAGGCGCGUGGAUUAAACCGACCCAACUCCAGUUCUAUAAAGGGGGCUGCAGCUCCUGGGUGUGGAGGUCCUGACAGAAGGCCCUGCUGAAGACCGGGGAGCAUGUAAGAAAUGAAGACAAACGAUAACCUGAAGAUUAAAAACAAUGAUGAAUGGACACAUCAGUACACACAACCUCCUGUAGGUGAAUCUUUGCAAGAAUAAUUUCUGGGCUCCUUUUUCUACAUGCCUACUCUGCUUUUAUGUCAGCAUGCCACUAUCAGACUGCAAAUAUGGGAGAAACACCCAAACGGACCACAGUUACAUCCUCCCCAGCUUUCCCAUGGCUGAGAACUAUGGGAAAACGCCUGUCAGGACGUUUUUUGAUUUCAAGCACACAAACUUGCCUGACAAGCUGGAUGUCAAGUGGGUUCCCUUGUUGACACUGACAAACCUGCGGAGCAUCUCAAAAGUCAAAGUGGUUAGCUUCCUGAUGGGCUUGACACUGAUGUUCCUCAUCAUGGCCUCCUACAUCCUGACGUGGGACAAGAAAGGACUUUUGUUCACCCCUUCACCUGAUCAGUUCAGACCUGUGGUCAUCCUGACCAACACAACAGCAGCUGAAGCUCCCUCUGAAAAGAAUUUAAUAGACAUGAAACUGCUGGUGAAGAUCAUCAGCUCCAAGCUGGAAUACAAACCGAGGAAGCUGCCUGAUAAAAAGGAUGUCAUUGAGACGGACACCCAUUUGUUCUCUGUAAUUCCUCACCAUUUCCUGCCCGGCAUUAAGAGCCCUUGCUGGUAUGAGGAGUCCUACCCUGAACUCAGCACUGAUCUGUACAGGAGGAACCUCUUUACUCUGCGCUCAAAGAGCUUCAAGACUGUGUGCGACCGCCUGAGGACCAACUUUCAACAGCACUUACACCACAAGGACGGCAAACUGUUUCGUCUACGCUGCUUGCCGUUCUUCUACAUCAUCGGCCAACCAAAGUGUGGCACAACUGACUUGUUCCACAGGCUGCUGCUGCAUCCAGAGAUCAAGUUCAACACGAUGAAGGAGCCACACUGGUGGACCAGGAAACGCUUUGGUUAUAUCCGUUUCAAAGAUGGCUUCCAGGAAAGUUUCCCUGUGGAAGAUUACCUGGAUCUGUUUGACUUAGCAGCCCACAACAUCCAAGAAGAAAUCAGUGGAAAUUCAUCUGGAGUCCACAGCGCACUCCAGCUUAUAACAGGUGAAGCCAGUGCAUCCACAAUGUGGGACAACCAAGCCUGGAGCUAUCUUCACGGAGACAUGGAGGAGACAGAGCCCCCGUUCCUGGCCCAGGACUUCAUCCACACAGUCCAGCCCGGUGCCAAAAUCAUCAUCAUGCUUAGAGAUCCAGUAGAGAGGCUUUAUUCUGAUUACCUGUACUUUAAGAUGGCCAACAAGUCAGCAGAGGAUUUUCAUCAGAAGGUUGUAGAGUCUGUACAAUUGUUUCAGUCCUGCCUGUCUGAAAGGUCACUUCGUUCCUGUGCCUACAACACCAGCCUCUCCAACACCAUGCCGGUGAGGCUAAAUUUGGGGAUGUACAUCGUCUUCUUACUGGACUGGCUGACAGUUUUCCAUAGGGAGCAGAUUCUAGUUCUUCGACUAGAGGACUACGCAGCCAACCUUAAAGUGACAAUCAAGAAAGUUUUCGACUUUUUGGGUGUAGGUCCUUUGUCAGAGCAUGUGGAAUCAGCACUGACCAAGCGGCCCAUGUCUAACACCCGGCGAGCGGCAGACAGGAACCUGGGUCCCAUGUUUCCAGCCACCAGAAACCUCCUCAGGAAAUUUCACCAACCCCUCAACCGCAAACUGGCCAGUGUGUUGGACAAGAAGGCCUUCCUUUGGAGUAACACCUGAAGCAUGGAUGAAAAGUGGAUGGAUGUGAAUGGACAAACUGAACAAGAAACUAAAGCAAGAAAGCCUAUUGAUGGAAAAUAAUUUACAGUGUGAGGACUUAUCCACGUGUGUAUAGUUGUAUAUGGUAUUAUAUGAAGCUCUGAAUAAGUGUAUGGGUUUUGUUUGUGGUAUUUAUUUGCUUUUGAAAGAAUGUGAGUGACUCGAUCAAAUCAAGAUGAUAAUAAUAAUGAAAUAAACAGAUUUACAGUGUUGAAAA